AUGCUCCGAGCCAUUGAGGAAGGUGCCAUCCAAACAGGACCUUCAUCAUACAAUUUGACCGCGCUCUUCAGUCCUCUUUUCAUCUAUCAUCAACCAGUCUCACUCAUCACUGUCGUUAUCAUCUCGACACAAAAUCUCUAUCUGAGCAGCCACCUCUGUGACCCUGUCCAUCCUGCUUUACCUGACUUGCACUCCACCAUGGGUCUUUGGGGCGGAAUCUUCCCUUGCCGUCGUAGCUCUCUUCAUGCCUCCACUAUCUAUGUCCAAUACCCGGAUGGAAGAUUUUACAAGUACAAAGACCUCUGUUGCUGGUCGAAGGGUGAGUGUCCAGGACAGCCUCAGCAGCAUAUUGUCAUCUUGCAGCAGCAAGAUCCUCUCAAGCUUGAACACGACCUGAAUCAUCAUAUCAAGCACCAGCCAGAGAAUUAUCCAAUCCCCCGCUUGACCGUCAACGAAGACAAACCACUAGCUUUUGGAGAGCCUCCAGCGAUAUUGUACGUCGAAGAGAACCGACCAGAGCCCGCAGAAACCGCACUCGAAGAACCUAUUGCCGAUUGGGAAACGAUACCAGACGAAGAACAGGUCCUAGACGGAGAAGAUACUCCAGGUGGUGGUCCGUCUUUCAGUCACUCUCCUAUCCCUUACAUCACAGAGGGAGCGAGGGUGCGGUGA